UGAGAACAACAUGAAUGUAUUCAUUAUUCUGACGGUUCUGUGGUUAAAUGUUGUGGAUGCUGUAAAUCAUUCAUGCAAGGAUAUUUACCUUGCUAACCCAAGCAGUGCUAAUGGUACCUACACAAUAUACAAUCGUAAAAACCAGUCAUACAAGGUAUAUUGUGAAUUCCAUGAUAAAUUUGGAUACACCUACCUGUCCAAGAAUACUGCUGUUGAAGUCAACAUAAAUGACCUCUUCACAACGAGGGCCCAUGUCAAAGUGAGGCAUCUGAAGAAAAAUGGCGUCCAGGCAGAAACAGUCAUGGAAAACAUAAGAAACUACCCGACGCAACCCUUGGGAAUUUUCUACAACCAGCAUACAGGAUAUCCAGCAUCGGUCAAUGCGGCAAAUCUAGCACCUUAUCUUUAUUUAGGCUUCCUACCUAUAAGUCUGGCAAAUCAUGUUAAUCCACAGGGAUAUCGUGCCUCGGGUCAGGACUUCCAUUUUGUAAACUGCGACAGGAACCCCAACAACUACUUUGUAUUUUACUUCAAUCCCAACCAUAAACAACCCGUGGGUUACGUCAACUCCUGUUGUGAGACGGCUCUUAUGCACUCCUGGAUAACAGUAGCUCAUAACCUACCUACGUCAUCUAAUAUGCCUGAUGAGUUUUAUUUUGACUAUGAAAUUCAUUUUGGCGGGUGCGGGGGAUAUGCAUUUAUUCAUCACCACAAUGAUAUUAAUGGCGCUGCCCUCGGCGUGCGCUUUGAACAAAUGGAUCCCUGUAAGAGUUCUCCUUGCCAUAAUGGCGGUACUUGUUAUUCUGAAAACGAGACACAGUUCAUUUGCGAGUGUCCAGAUGGAUUCAUGGGUGAUACCUGUAAUGUCAAAGGAGAUCAUGGGAAUACUGGAAUAAUAGGAUGAAGAUAAUAUACUUUGUAUAUUGACUGAAGUAAAUGGAAUGAAAUUAAUUUCUU